AUGACAGACUUGAAAUUGUGGAAGAAAAAGUAACGGAUAGAUGAUUCAGUCAAAAUGUUUAUUAUUGUGCUUGGUUAUGGAGAUAUAGCUAAAGCGUUAUUAUAUAGAGGUUGGGUAAAGAAUCCAAAUAGUGUAAGUCCAUGUUUUGAUUUCAAAUUCAGAAAUAGACUAUAAUAAUUUAUAAGAAUUUUAGAUUGUGAAUCACUUAGUUAAGUUUAUAUGUUUAACCAUUAAAGUUGGAUUAUGUAAAUCUCUAAGCAAUUUAAUUUAGUUCAAUAAUAGAUACACAUUCUACCCAAGGGCAUUUGA